UUGAAAAACAAGGGAACUUGUAAUCGUGAAACCCCCCAUCUCACAUUUCUCUCUUCCCCUUUCUCCAGUCCCAAUUUCAGCUUCCAUUGUCACCACCAAUAAGCUCCAAAGGAGAGGUGUGGUAGGAAAAUAUGUUAAUACCCCAAUUUCUGUCAGCAAAUUUUGGAAGCCUAGGGUUCAUGUGGGGUGCUUUCACAAAGGAUUGCACGCCAAAUUGAUAUCUUAUGCAAAACUAUGUAUGUAUCACACUAUGUUUAUGUUUAUGCCCCAAUUUGUAAAUUUUCGGCUUUUUCCGCGCUGCCAUGCCCUCAAAACCCUUCCUUUCUCCACCCACCGAAUGGGCAUGGGCAUGGCCGAUACCCUCUGUACCCAUCUCCACCAAAGCAGUGGCAGUGUCGAGAACUCAUUGUCCAAGGUUAAGCCUGAACUCGAUUCUCAAUGUGUCAUUCAAGUCCUCAACUCAUGUCAUCCCAAGCAACCUCUAUUGGGUGUCAGAUUUUUCGUUUGGGCUGGAGUUCAAUCUGGCUACAGGCACAGUGCUUACACGUACAACAAAGCUUGCAAAUUGCUAGGGAUUCGGCAAAAUCCCCAAAUUAUUCGUGAUGUCGUUCUGUCUUAUGAGGCCGAAGGGUGUUUAGUCAAUGCCAACAUGUUCAGGGAGGUUCUGAAGCUGUGCAAAGAAGCUCAACUAGCUGAAGAGGCAUUGUGGGUGUUGAGGAAGUUGGAGCAGAGUUUCAACAUCCGUGCUGACACGGUGAUGUAUAAUGUGGUUAUUAGGCUGUGUUGCAAGAAUGGCGACAUUGAAACGGCUGAGAAGUUGACCGGGGAGAUGAGUUUGAACGGUCUUUACCCUGAUCUUAUUACGUACAUGGCACUAGUGGAGGGAUUCUGUGAUGCUGGUCGUCCAGAGCAUGCUUAUUCUUUGCUUAAGGUUAUGAGAGUGCAUAGAUGUUCACCCAAUUUGGUCCUUUUAUCAGCCAUUUUAGACGGCUUGUGUAGGUCUGGAUCCAUGGAAAUGGCAUUGGAGUUGUUGGAUAAAAUGGAGAAAGGUGGGGAUUGCAGUCCAAAUGUUGUUACUUAUACAUCUGUGAUUCAAAGUUUCUGUAAGAGAGGUCAAUGGGCGGAAGCAUUGGAUAUUCUGGAUAGAAUGAAAGCUUCGGGGUGCCAUGCAAACCAUGUUACUGUCUUUACUUUGGUUGAUAGCCUUUGUGUUGAGGGUCGUGUGGAAGAAGCUUACAAGUUGAUUGAUAAGUUUGUGGUCGAACAUGGUGUUUCUUAUGGUGAUUGUUGCAGUUCACUUGUGAUUUCAUUGAUAAGGAUUAAAAAGGUGGAAGAAGCAACGAAGCUAUUCAUGGAAAUGCUUUCUGGUGAUGCCAGACCUGAUACUUUGGCAUCUAGCCUUUUGCUAAAGGAGCUUUGUAUGAAGGCCCAGGUAUUGGAUGGAUUCUACUUGCUUGAAGCAAUUGAGAACAAGGGAUGUUUGUCCGCCAUUGACUCUGGUAUUUAUUCUAUUCUUUUAGUUGGCCUUUGUCAAAGAAGCCACCUGACGGAGGCCACAAAGCUGGCCAAGAUAAUGCUUAAGAAAUCAGUUUCGCUAAAACCUCCGUACAAAGAUGGUGCAAUCGAUAUCCUAAUAGAAUCUGGAGAAAAAGAUCUUGUGAACCAGUUGACUGGCAUUCGUAAGGGACUUUGAUGAUAAAAUGCCUUGUGAAGGAGGUCACGUCCAUUGUUCUCUGCCACCUCUGGUCAUAAGUUUGCAUUGUAUAACAGCAACAGUAAGAAUUGAUUUCCGUGAUGUAGUCUGCUGGAUGAUUAGGGUUUGGAAGGGCCAUUGUAUCACUUGCCAGCAUGACAACAACUGUGGACAUGGUUGGUCUAUCAGCUGCAUCUUCUUGAACACACAACAGACCGAUAUGUAUGCAUUUCAUAACUUCAUUGGCUUUGUAUGUCUUUUCCAGCACUGGAUCUAACAUUUCCAAGCUUUUUCCUUCACUCCAAAGUCUCCAACUCUGCAAAGAGAAAAUUGAGACGUAAUAAAUGAUAUUUUAGAGAGACAGACAUAAAAAAAUGAUGUUAUACAAAUUGUUGUUUGUGUAUCA